AUGUCUUCAAUUUCUUUUACUUCAAGUAAUAAACUUAGUCGUGAAGAUUAUCGCCGUCAAAAAGAUCUUGAAGCCGCAAGAAAAGCUGGUACAGCUCCUGCAGAACAGGAUGAAGAAGGAAAAGACAUUAAUCCUCAUAUACCACAAUAUAUUGCAAAAGCACCAUGGUAUCUUGAUACGGGUCGGCCUUCUUUAAAGCAUCAAAGAGUUCAAGAAAAGGAAGAGCAAAUAAUAAAUGAUAAAUGGUAUGCUCGUGGAAUUCGUGCUGGACCUGCAGCUACUAAAUUUCGUAAAGGAGCUUGUGAAAAUUGUGGUGCAAUGACACACAAAACAAAAGAUUGUAUGGAUAGACCAAGGAAAACUGGUGCGAAAUGGAGUGGUAAAGAUAUAAAAGCUGAUGAAAUCAUCCAAGAAAUUGAAUUAGAUUAUGAUUCCAAAAGAGAUCGGUGGAAUGGUUAUGACCCUUCAGAGCAUGCUAAAAUUUAUGAUGAAUAUGAAAAGAUUGAAGAAGCUCGUCGCAAAAUGAAAGCUAGCGAGCUUGAUAAGCAAAGUACUACAGAAUUAGUAAAGAAAACUGGUGAACGAACUGCUGGAGAAUUUUCUAGUGAAGAUGAAGAGGAUGAUGAAGAUAAAUACGCCGAAAGAUCGGAUAUGCCGGGUCAAAAAGUUAAUACAAAAACAAGAACGACUAUCAGAAAUUUGAGAAUUCGUGAGGAUACUGCUAAAUAUUUAAGAAAUUUGGAUAUUGAUUCCGCAUAUUACGAUCCCAAAACUCGUUCCAUGCGUGAUAAUCCUAAUAAAGAAGUGGAUGAGAGUGAAGCAUAUUACACAGGGGACAACUUUGUUAGGUAUACGGGAGAUGCCCCUAAAAUGGCCAAUCUUCAACUCUUUGCUUGGCAGGCAUACGAUAAAGGUACAGAUGUACAUUUACAAGCCAAUCCUACUCAAGGUGAACUUUUACACCGUGAAUAUCUUCAGAAAAAGGAUAAACUCAAAGACACAAGCAAAGAUUCAAUAUUGGCCAAAUAUGGUGGUGAAGAACAUUUGGAUGCUCCUCCCAAAGAGUUACUCUUGGCCCAAACAGAGUCGUACGUAGAAUAUUCGAGGACUGGUAGAGUGAUAAAAGGUCAAGAGAGAGCCAAGGCCAAGUCUAAAUAUGAAGAAGAUGUGUACAUAAAUAACCACGUUUCAGUUUGGGGAUCAUAUUGGGCUGAUGGACAGUGGGGAUACAAGUGUUGUCAUUCUUUUAUCAAAAAUUCGUAUUGUACUGGUUUAAUUGUCAUUGAAGUAAUAAAUUCGUCAAAUCCAUUGGCGAGUUCUAGCAUAAUAUCAACCGGUAAUGAAGAGUUAUCGUCAGCAAAGAAAACUCUUGUUGAAUUGCACAAUGAAAAUAUGAAAAAAUCUAAAUCCAAGAACAUGGAUGAAGAUGUUAAUAAACAUCUUAAACGUAAGGAUCUUGGAGAAGGAGAAAUUAAAUUAGAUUCAAAGAAGCUAAAGAAAGCGCUAGAAAAUGAAGAAAACCGUUAUAAAUUAAAAAAUAAUGAAGUAGAAAUUGAUGAUCGAAAACGUCCAUAUAAUAGUGCAUAUAUGGGCAAAAAUAAUUCUAUGGAGGCUGAAGUUACUGAAGAAGACUUGGAAGCGUAUAGGCUUAAAAAACAAUCGCAUGAGGAUCCUAUGGCGAAUUAUGUUGAUGAAGAUGAUUUAUAA